UUCCCCAGUUUUCCUCCAUUUCACCCGUAUUUUCCUCCGAAUUUCCCCAAUUUUAACUCAGAUUUUCCCAAAAUUUCCCCAAAAAUUUCCCCCUUUUCCCUUCAUAUUUUUCUCAGAAUUUCCCCAAUUUUAACUCAGAUUUUCCCAAAUUUUUCCCCUAAUUUUUCAACAUUUUUCUCCAUUCCCUGCAACAUUUCCCCCAAUUUUUCCCUAUUUUUCCCCAAUUUUCUCCAUUUUUUCCACAUUUUUACCCAUUUCCCCACUUUUUCCCUAUUUUUUCCUGAUUUUUUUUUUCUCCCAUUUCCCCCCAUAAUUUCCUGAUUUUUUUCUCCCAUUUCCCCCCAUAUUUCCUUGAUUUUUUCCCCAUUUUUCCCAAAUUUUUCCCAACUUUUCUCCAAAAUAUUUCCCUAUUUCCCCCAAAUUUCUCCCAUUUUUUCAUAUUUUUCCCAUUCUUCUGCAUAUUUUCCUAAAUUUUUUCCCACUCUUUUCCAUUUUUUUCCCAUUUUCCCCCAAUUUUCCCCAUUUCCCCCCAUUUUUUUCUACAACGUUUCCCUAUUUCCCCCGAUUUUUCCCAUUUCCCCCCAUUUUUUAACCACGGUAUCCCCAUUUUCCUCAAAACAUUUCCCUAAUUUUUCCCCAAUUUCCCCCCCUUGAAAUUUCCCCUAUAUCUCCCCCCAGCGCCCCCUCGCUCCCAAUUUAUUUUUCAUGGAAUUUUUCCCAUUCCCAAAUUUUUUUUUUUUUUUUUUUUGCUUUUUCCAGGGAAAACCCGACCUGAACACGACCCUUCCCAUCCGGCAGACGGCGUCCAUCUUUAAACAGCCAGUGACCAAAGUCACCAAUCACCCGGGGAAUAAAGUGAGGAGCGACCCGCAGCGCCUGAGCGAGCAGCCACGGCAGCUUUUUUGGGAGAAAAGACUUCAAGGUUUGAGCGCUUCCGACGUCAGCGAACAAAUCAUUAAAUCCAUGGAGCUUCCCAAAGGAUUGCAAGGAUUAGGCCCCGGAGCCAGCACGGAGUCGCUGCUGUCGGCCGUGGCCAGCGCUCUCCACACCAGCUCUGCUCCAAUCACGGGGCAGAAUUCCGCGGCCGUGGAAAAAAAUCCCGGCAUUUGGUUGAACACGGCGCAGCCGCUCUGCAAGGCCUUCGUGGUCACCGACGACGACAUCCGGAAACAGGAAGAACGGGUACAGGAAGUGAGGAAAAAACUGGAGGAGGCGCUCAUGGCAGAUUUCCUGUCCCGGAGCUGCGAUUCCGUAAAAAACUCGGAAUGCGAGAGGGAGAACGGAGAGGAGGCGUGAGACGGAACGGUACUUUGAUCCCGAGGAAGAAAUUCCUGGAAAAAAAAACAGAAAACAAAAAAAAUUCCAAAUUUUUCGUGGCACUUUUCGUUCCUUCGGAUUUUUCGUGGCUCCCGAGGAAUUAAAAAAAAAAUAAAAUUAAAAAUUAAAAAAUAAAAAUAAUAAAAUUAUUUUUUUCCUGGAUGUAAAUAAAUCUUUAAAAAAAAAUAAAUUGAAUUUAUUUAUUUUUUUCCCCUUUUUUAAAAUUUUUUUUUUUGAAAUUUAGAAUUUUUUUGGGUUUUUUUUUUUUUGAAAGGGAAGGGUUGGGAAAAAGAAAAUUAAAAUUUAAAAAAAAAAAAGUAAAAAAUUUUGUUGGGAUUGUGUAAAUAAAUUUUAAAAUUUAAAAAAAUAGAUAUAAUAAAAAUUAAAAAGAUUUAUAGCUGGAAAUGGAAAUUAAAAUGGAAAUAAAAAUAGAAAUGAAAGUGGAAAUUUGG